CUCGAAUAGCAUUUCUACAAGGGGAAAGAAAGGGUCAAGAAAACUUGAAGAAAGAUUUAGUGAGAAGAAUAAAGAUGUUAGAAUAUGCAUUAAAACAAGAAAGGGCAAAAUAUCAUAAAUUAAAAUAUGGCACAGAACUCAACCAAGGUGACUUGAAAAUGCCAACCUUUGAAUCAGAAGAAACCAAAGACACAGAGGUUCCCACAGUACCUCAAAAUAGCCAACUGACCUGGAAGCAAGGCAGACAGUUACUAAGACAGUAUCUUCAGGAAGUAGGUUAUACAGAUACAAUAUUGGAUGUACGCUCCCAGCGGGUAAGGUCUUUGCUUGGGCUCUCCAAUUCAGAACCAAAUGGUUCAGUAGAAACAAAGAACUUGGAGCAGAUCCUCAAUGGAGGUGAAUCUCCUUCAUCAAAACAAAAGGGACAGGAAAUCAAAAGGAAUUCUGGCGAUGUUCUUGAAACAUUUAACUUCCUAGAGAAUGCCGAUGAUAGUGAUGAGGAAGACGAGAGUGACAUGAUAGAAGAUAUUGCAGAAGGAAAAGAAAAGCAUCGGAUAAAUAAAAAACACAAAAUCGGUAAUGAAGGUUUAGCUGCUGACCUUACAGAUGACCCUGAUACUGAAGAAGCUUUGAAAGAAUUUGACUUUUUAGUGACAGCUGAAGAUGGUGAGGGAGCUGGAGAAGCCCGAAGUUCAGGAGAUGGAACAGAGUGGGACAAAGAUGACCUGUCCCCAGCUACUGAGGUUUGGGAUGUAGACCAGGGGCUAAUAAGUAAACUGAAGGAACAGUACAAGAAGGAACGAAAGGGGAAGAAAGGGGUGAAGAGAGUCAACAGGACAAAACUUCACGACAUGAUAGCUGAUCUGGGCGAUGAUGAGCUACCCCACAUCCCUUCAGGAAUCAUUAAUCAAUCUAGGUCACCCUCUUCUAGAAUGACUGAUCAUGAAGGUGCAAGAGCAGAGGAAGCUGAGCCAAUAACGUUUCCGUCUGGAGGAGGCAAGUCAUUUAUUAUGGGUUCUGAUGAUGUUUUGUUAAGUGUUCUGGGCCUUGGAGACCUUGCAGACUUGACAGUUACAAAUGAUGCAGACUAUAGUUAUGAUCUGCCAGCUAAUAAAGAUGCCUUCCGAAAGACGUGGAACCCUAAGUACACGCUACGCAGUCAUUUUGAUGGAGUGCGGGCAUUAGCUUUUCAUCCUAUAGAGCCUGUGCUGGUUACAGCCUCUGAGGACCAUACUCUAAAACUUUGGAACUUGCAGAAAACGGUUCCUGCCAAAAAGAGUGCCUCAUUAGAUGUAGAACCUAUCUACACAUUUAGGGCCCACAUUGGACCUGUAUUGUCAUUGGCAAUUAGUUCUAAUGGAGAACAGUGUUUUAGUGGUGGUGUGGAUGCCACCAUUCAGUGGUGGAAUAUGCCUAGCCCUAAUGUGGACCCAUAUGAUACCUAUGAGCCAAACGUUCUAGCUGGCACAUUAAUUGCUCACACAGAUGCAGUGUGGGGUCUUGCUUACAGUGGUAUAAAGAAUCACUUACUAUCUUGUUCAGCAGAUGGCACUAUUAGAUUAUGGAAUCCACCAGAAAAAAUGCCCUGUAUUUGCACUUACAAUGGAGAGAAAGAGCAUGGAAUACCUACAUCGGUUGACUUUAUAGGUUGUGACCCUGCUCAUAUGGUUACAUCUUUUAACACUGGCAGCACAGUCAUUUAUGAUUUAGAAACAUCACAGUCUGUUGUAAUGCUAUCAUCACAGAUAGAAUCUGGUGUACAAUCAAAUAACCAUAUUAACAGGGUAGUAAGUCAUCCCACGCUUCCUGUAACUAUUACAGCUCAUGAAGAUAGACACAUCAAAUUUUUUGACAAUAAAACAGGUAAAAUGAUCCAUUCUAUGGUUGCGCACUUGGAUGCUGUCACAAGUCUAGCUGUAGAUCCUAAUGGAAUCUAUUUAAUGUCUGGAAGCCAUGAUUGUUCCAUUAGAUUAUGGAAUUUGGACAGCAAGACAUGUGUGCAAGAAAUAACAGCUCAUAGGAAAAAGCUGGAUGAAUCCAUUUACGAUGUAGCAUUUCAUCCAUCAAAAGCAUAUAUUGCCAGUGCAGGAGCUGAUGCCCUUGCCAAAGUGUUUGUGUGACAUAGCAGAACCAGCCUGCAGCAUAAUAGCAGGUCUGUUUGGACAAAAAAGAGGGAAUGCGUCACUGCCAUCAAUGAUAAGGUUACCAAUAAGACACUACAUCUGAUCUGCCUGGGUGAAGGCUCUUAUGUGGGGCAGGUUUAAGUUGGUGAAAAGUCACCACGUCUUGAAUAACGUCAGGCUCAUUCAUUUAACUGUAAUUACUGUAUUUGGGGGGGUGGGGCAAAUUAAAAACAGAAAAAAAAACAAAAAUAGAAAAACAGUAUUUGUAGCCUUGACUGGAUAUGAACUGAGCGUAUGUCUGUUCUUUAGGUGUCUUUAAGCAAACGUGGAGUCUGAUUUUACAAAAGACUUUUAUUUUGGACUCUGUGUGCUGCCUUAGGGUUAGGAAUGUGGUGCUCUUGUGGGGGGAAGUGAGCUCCAAGAGUAGCUUUCUUUUCAUCUCUUAGUAAUCUUCUGUUUAUCAGUUGAAUGCCACAGAUUCCCCUUUUAAACUUUUAUUUUGCUUUAAAGAAAAGGAAAUUUAACUUAAAAUAUUUUAGCAUUAGUUGCACAAAACGUUUGGAUAAAAUUCUAGUUUUUAUAAGUCUUUUUAUAUAUUUAGCCUGUCACAACAGUGCUCAAGAUUGUAUUGAUAAUGUUUUUCUGCAUUAUAGAACCCUAAAACACAGAGAUCUCACUGACCCGCUGCCGUGUAACCACACUCUUCCCUUCUUUUGCCUAAUACAGCUCAGCUAAGUCCUUGCAUAAGGAUGCUAGUUCAUCAUCAUCGCAUAACUGUCUUCAUAAAUAAAGGACUGUAAAGCGUGUUCAAAUGAAACACAGAGGGGUUAACACCCCCGAUGAACUCUUAAAAAUAAAAAAAAAUAAUCUUGGCAUCCUAUCACUAUGUGAUAUUUUGUACAUCUUACUGUAUUUACGAGUUUAUUUAUCAAGGAUUACCCAUCUUGCUAAUGGCCUAUUGUUAUUUAUUUCACUUUUUGUUGGUCUUUAUAUCCUUUUAUGUAGUGUGUUAAAGGGCCCUGUAUAUCUAUUAUGGCACUCUUUGAACAGUCUAAAAUAGACAAAAACGGGACAUUUCAUAAUUCUAAAGUUGCAAACCAAGAAUUUCUGUUUUUCCUCUGGUUAAGUACUGGAGUGGAUUUGAUUCCAAAAAACAAUCUUGUUUCAGAACUUUUGGAGUGAAAAAUAUUUUUAUUUGCGUUUCAAAUAGAAUACAAAAGUAGUUGAUUCAAGAUUCAUAAAUCUGCUGUGUUUGGAAUAGUUAUUCCCUGCUUUUAUUUUAUUUUCAGAUGUGCUUCAGUUUAUGGUGUAACUAAAGAUUUUGUUUGUGUAAUGCAUGAUUAAUACAAUAAAGUAUUUUUUCUAGUCUUCCACAAAACUUUUCUGAUCAGUUUGCGAGUUUUGAUGAGUUUUGUAAGGUUUCUGUUUUACAAACUAUGAAUCAGCAAAUUUUUAAGAUUGUACCACAUAGCAAAAGUACAGCUGUUGAAAAAUAAUGUAUAUAAAAUGCAUAUAAUAAAUAUUAAAUGGUGUACCUGUA